UAAAGGCGGGAGGGGUGGGGAAGCUCUAGGCUCCCCCGACGCGAGGGAACGCGGCUGGGUAGGGCGAGGGCAGUCGAGGGCGGGGCGGCGCGGAGGGGGCGGGGCGUGCGGAGGCCCCGACGGCGCCCGCGGUGGGCUGUGAAGCCAGCCCAGUUCCGUGCAGCGAGCGCCCCCCGCGCCCCGCUCCGGCAGUCCCGGCACCCCCGCCCCGCGCCCGCCAUGCCCGAGCAGCUCAGCGUCGCCGAGUUCCUGGCCGUCACCGCGGAGGACCUCAGCUCCCCGGCCGGGGCCGCUGCCUUUGCCGCCAAGAUGCCCCGGUGCCGGGGGGCGGCACUGGCGCGGGAGGAGAUGCUGGAAGGAGACCAGGCCAUCUUGCAGAGAAUAAAGAAGGCUGUGAGGGCGAUCCACAGCUCCGGCCUUGGCCAUGUGGAGAAUGAGGAGCAGUACCGAGAGGCCAUAGAGUCCUUAGGCAACAGCCACUUGUCCCAAAACAGUCACGAGCUGUCCACUGGCUUCCUGAACUUGGCCGUGUUCACCCGUGAGGUGGCUGCACUUUUCAAGAACCUGGUUCAAAACCUGAACAACAUCGUCUCAUUCCCCCUGGACAGUCUAUUGAAGGGGCAACUGAGGGAUGGGCGACAGGAUUCCAAAAAGCAGCUGGAGAAGGCGUGGAAGGACUAUGAAGCCAAAAUGGCCAGGCUGGAGAAGGAGAGGGACCGGGCCCGGGUGACAGGAGUGGCGCCUGGGGAGGUGGCCCAGGACACUCAGAGAGAGCGGCGCGUCUUCCAGCUGCACAUGUGUGAGUAUCUGUUGAGAGCCGGGGAGAGCCAGCUGAAGCAGGGUCCCGAUUUCCUGCAGAGCCUCAUCAAGUUCUUCCACGCCCAGCACAACUUUUUCCAAGAUGGCUGGAAGGCCGCUCAGAGCCUGUCCCCCUUCAUCGAGAAGCUGGCAGCCUCUGUACAUGCGCUCCGUCAAGCCCAAGAGGAGGAGCUCCAGAAGCUGAUCCGGCUCCGGGACUCCCUCCGAGGGACACUGCAGCUUGACAGCAGAGAGGAGACUCUGAGUCGGAAGAACUCAGGAGGCGGCGGCGGGGGCUACAGCAUCCAUCAGCACCAAGGCAACAAGCAGUUUGGGACGGAGAAGGUGGGCUUUCUCUACAAGAAGAGUGACGGAAUUCGAAGAGUCUGGCAGAAAAGGAAGUGUGGAGUCAAGUAUGGCUGCCUGACCAUCUCCCACAGCACGAUAAACCGGCCCCCAGUGAAGCUGACCCUGCUGACGUGCCAAGUGAGGCCAAACCCUGAGGAGAAAAAGUGCUUUGACCUGGUGACCCACAACAGGACAUACCACUUCCAGGCAGAAGAUGAACAUGAGUGUGAGGCGUGGGUGUCAGUGUUACAGAACAGCAAGGAUGAGGCCUUGAGCAGUGCCUUCCUCGCGGAGCCCAGUGGCGGUGGCCCGGGACCCUGGGGAAGCGCCGGGCUGGACGGGGAGCCCCAGGACCUCACGAAGCUGCUCAUCGCCCAGGUGAAGAGCAGGCCCGGGAAUGGCCAGUGCUGCGACUGCGGGGCUGCAGACCCCACGUGGCUCAGCACCAACCUGGGCGUGCUCACCUGCAUCCAGUGCUCGGGCGUCCACCGCGAGCUGGGCGUGCGCUUCUCGCGCAUGCAGUCCCUCACCUUGGACCUGCUGGGCCCCUCCGAGCUGCUGCUGGCCUUGAACAUCGGAAACACGCGCUUCAAUGAGGUUAUGGAGGCCCAGCUGCCCGCACAAGGCGGCCCUAAACCCUCAGCUGAGAGUGACAUGAGCACGCGCAGGGACUACAUCGUGGCCAAGUAUGUGGAACACAGGUUUGCCCGCCGGUCCACACCCGAGCCUCAGAGACUCCGAACGGCCAUUUGCAACAGGGACCUCCUGUCAGUACUGGAGGCCUUUGCUAAUGGGCAGGACUUUGGACAGCUGCUGCCUGGGCCUGAGGGACAGGCACCUGGAGAGCUCGCCCUGCACUUGGCCGUCAGAGUCGCCAGCCCUGCCUCCUUGCCCCUGGUGGACUUCAUCAUCCAGAAUGGAGGUCACCUGGAUGCCAAGGCUGCUGACGGGAACAGCGCUCUGCACUGGGCUGCUCUCUACAACCAACCUGACUGCCUCAAGCUGCUGCUGAAAGGGAGAGCUUCGCUCGGGGCAGUGAACGAGGCAGGAGAGACAGCUCUGGACAUAGCCAGGAAGAAGCAGCACAAGGAGUGUGAGGAGCUGCUGGAGCAGGCCCAGGCUGGGACCCUCGCCUUCCCUCUGCAUGUGGACUACAACUGGGGAAUCUCCCCUGAGCCUGGCUCUGACAGUGAGGAGGACGAGGAAGAGAAGCGCUCUCCUCUGAAGCCUUCAGCCCAGGCCCGCUGGGGCAGCGGGAGGGUCGACCUCAGCAAUAAAACCUAUGAGACCGUCGCCAGCCUGGGAUCAGCUGCCCCUCAGAGCCAGAGUGAGGCCUGCCCCCCACCCUUGCCGGUCAAAAACCCUUCUCGGACCAUGGUCCAAGGGCGUGCAGGACAUGCCAGCGGAGAUCGUUCUGAAGUCCCCAGCCUGAACCCUCAGGAGCCCUGCGGGGCCCCUGAGAGCCCAGGCCGUCCAGCCUCCACCUCUUCCACCCUCACAAACCCCGUGGACGCUGCGGGUCCCAGCCAAACCCCACCCAGCUCUGAGGAGGGCCCCUCCCGACCCAGCCUGACAUCUGGAAGCACCCCUGCAGAGUUGUAUCCCCCGGUCAGGUUCAGGUUGGCUUCACUGAAGGAGAGGACUCCAGGAGAGGGGUUCUCCUGGAAACUCUGCACAGCUUUUGCAAAGCUAGCUCCUUGCUGGUCCUUGCAUGCCAGAACUAGCACCCAUGUGGGACCCCAAUGUUCAGUGCUAGGACUUGAGACCACAAGACCGGGGAACUGAGUUCUCCAUUACCUUAGGUCUUGCUCUGUCUGUACCUUAUGCCUCUGUGGCUGGCCUUCCUCCCUGCCGUGGGCCCGUGCCCCCUCCAAAGAUACGGGGCUCUUCCAUAUUUGGGCUGAUGGCAGUUCCUUCCUCUCUAUCCUGUCCCUGCCCCGGGAGCUCAUUAGCUGGGUCUGAGUACUCCUGAGCUACCGUUAGCUGCAGAACCCUCAGUCUCUCAUCAGACCAGAAUAUCUUUCUUCCAUCAGUCUGGGGGCUCCAUAAGAGUAGGGCCAGCCCACCUUCAUCAUCCAGACCAGGGAUUCUGCCAGCCAAGGGGCUGUCUUUUUGGACGUUCGUUAGUCUAGUACUUUACUGAGUUUUUCUCUAUGUCCGGAUGCCACACGAGUAAGACAAGGGUCUUGCAGAUGUGGCCCCUUGCUGUGUCGCUGGUCCCAAAGGCUGGGUUUAGGAAUCAGCUGGGCUAGAUUCCAGGGGAUGGUCCCGGGCCCAGGGGCAGACAAUCAGCUGCCUUACACCGAUGGGAUGCUGCAUUGUCUGCAGCUCGCAUCUAUCCUGGUUGGCCACUGCUCGUGCUGUACCGGCUGUUAAUUAAAUAAGCACUAGCACUCCAUUUGAGGAACCGCGCAGCCCUCCUGGGGACCUCUGCUCUAUUCCUCAGCCAGGAAGCAGGCUCGGAGUCGCCCCCCCUUUGCCUACUGUCCUUGAUGAAACAGGAAGGAAAGGAAUGGUCUGGGAUGAUUGAUCUUCCCUUCUCUCCUUUUCCUUUGCUCAACUCAGAAGCCUUCCAGUCUUGGGGGAGGAAAGAGCUAAGAAAGGAGGAAGGAGAAUAAUAGGAAUGGGAAGGCAGGGACUCAAAUUCUGUUUCCCAGACCCAGAAGUGCCACUAUAACUUUCAGCCCCAUAUUAGAAAACAGGUACAGCUAAGCCAUCAUCAGUCUCUAAGAUGGUUUUAUGGGCACCCGGCGCUGAGCCCUGGCAGGGAUGGGUCAGACCAAACAGGAGAGGCCAGAGAGUGCCAAUGGCCAAUGAAGCAAUCUGGCCUGGGAGGCGGGGGUGUGUAUUCUGGAGACCAGCCUGGUCUGGGAUCCCACAGAUCCCAAUGGGGUUGUCUUCUGGGCCUCCAGCGUCUGGUUUUGUUCAUCUCAGACUUGUUAUCUCACUCAUCUCUAAUAAAAGAUUUUUUUUUUUUUUUGCAUUAAAUU